AUGGAUGAUUAUAUUAAUACCUUCAACGAUGCAUCAGUUGGUAUUUCUGGAGAAGAUCUUGUUGAUGCAGCACAGAGUGUUGGUUGUGGAGGAUAUUCUGAUUCUUCCAUGAGUACCUCUGCUACCCCACCCCCUGGACGGCGCAAGGUGGCGGCAACUAGGAACAAGCAGACCAACUUCUCAGCAUAUGAAGAUAAUAUGCUUUGCAAAUCUUGGCUGGAGAUCAGCUGCGAUCCUAUCAUCAACACCGGCCAGACGAGGGAAUCCUUUUGGGUUCGUGUGGUCAACAGAUACAACUCAAAAUGCAACACCUAUCCAGAGAGGACACAGAAAUCAAUUACGAGUCGUUGGGAUCACAUCAAGGCCGAAGUGAGCAAAUUCUCUGGAUACAUGGCUGAGAUGAUUCGCUCCAAUCCUAGUGGCAUGUUGGAUACAGAUAAGUCUGUGGCUGCUGCUGCUGAUUUUGUAGCCAUAGAAAAAUAUAAUUUCACCCUCAUGCACUGUUGGCAAAUCUUGAAGGAUGAGCCCAAAUGGAUGGAGCUCAAAAGAAAAAUGGACACCCCUCAAAAUAGUGCUUCCAGGGAAAAUGUCCUCACCAGUGAACAACGCAACAUUUUGGAUCUUGAUCCUGAUGAUUCCUCACCAGCUAGCUCGACAGGAAAAUGA